UGGCUGUUGCCGCGCGCGUUCGGCGCAUUCCCAUCAGCUUGAAGGGCAGGAGAGAGUAGCAGCUCACCCCCGCCUGCAUGCGAGGCUCCCACUACCGAGCAAAACGAACCCUUUGCGUGGAGGGGCUGUAUUUUUCUUGUGUGGUGAUAGUCCCAUCCUUUGACUUCAUUGAGACUGCACACUGGACGGACUAAAAGUACAUACAUUUAAAAUAUAUUCAUCAAGCACAGGUAUACCACACAGCUGGAAAGAAUGGUGGACUUGGAAAAUGAAGUGCCUCCUCUUCCUCCAAGGUACAGAUUUCGCGACUUGCUCCUCGGAGAUCAAGGUUGGCAGGCAGAUGACAGAGUGCAAGUUGAAUUUUAUGUGAAUGAAAACACUUUCAAAGAACGCCUGAAACUGUUUUUCAUCAAAAACCAAAGGUCAAGUCUGAGAAUACGCCUGUUCUACUUUUCUCUAAAGCUACUAAGCUGCUUUUUGUAUAUUGUUCGUGUGCUGCUCGAUGAUCCUAGAGAAAGAAAUGGAUGGUCUCCUAUAAUCUGGGUAGAAAGAAGUCUUCCCUUAUGGAGUUUACAGGUUACCGUGGCCUUGAUAAGUUUCUUUGAAACAAUGCUGUUGGCUUAUCUCAGCUAUAAGGGGAACAUUUGGGAACAAAUUCUACGAAUACCCUUCAUCCUGGAGAUGAUCAACACUGUGCCCUUUAUCAUCACAAUAUUUUGGUCGCCUUUAAGAAAUUUAUUCAUCCCAGUGUUUCUGAACUGCUGGUUAGCCAAGUAUGCCCUGGAGAAUAUGAUUAAUGAUCUCCACAGAGCAAUCCAACGAACCCAGUCAGCAAUGUUUAACCAGGUUCUAAUUCUUAUAUCAACUUUAUUGUGCCUCAUUUUUACUUGCAUCUGUGGAAUACAGCAUUUGGAAAGAGCAGGGAAUAACCUGACACUCUUUGACUCCCUUUACUUCUGCAUUGUCACUUUCUCAACUGUGGGGUUUGGUGAUGUCACGCCCAAAGUAUGGCCUUCCAAGUUGUUAGUGGUCGUCAUGAUCUGCGUUGCACUUGUAGUGUUGCCAAUACAGUUUGAACAGCUGGCCUACCUGUGGAUGGAGAGACAGAAAUCAGGUGGAAACUAUAGUCGCCAUAGAGCACAGACAGAGAAACACGUCGUGCUGUGUGUCACUUCUUUGAAGAUUGACCUGCUUAUGGAUUUUUUAAAUGAAUUCUAUGCACAUCCCCGUCUCCAGGAUUACUAUGUUGUGAUUCUUUGUCCUACUGAAAUGGACAUUCAGGUUCGAAGGGUAUUGCAAAUUCCAAUGUGGGCGCAAAGAGUGAUCUAUCUACAGGGAUCAGCAUUGAAAGACCAAGACCUCCUGAGAGCCAAAAUGGAUGAUGCUGAAGCUUGCUUUAUCCUUAGCAGUCGAUAUGAAGUUGACAGAACAGCUGCUGAUCACCAAACCAUUCUGAGGGCAUGGGCUGUCAAAGACUUUGCACCAAAGUGCCCCCUCUACGUUCAGAUAUUGAAACCCGAGAAUAAAUUUCAUGUCAAGUUUGCAGAUCAUGUUGUUUGUGAAGAAGAAUUCAAAUAUGCCAUGCUCGCUCUAAAUUGCAUCUGUCCAGCCACAUCAACACUGAUAACUCUACUUGUUCACACUUCCAGGGGCCAAUCAGCACCGUGGGAGGCAUUUAGACAACUAACUGGAACAAAACAGACCAUAAACAGAGAUGGCCACCAAACACAUGAGCAGUGGCAGAAGAUGUAUGGCAAAUGCUCAGCCAAUGAAGUCUAUCACAUUAAAAUGGAAGACAGCACAUUUUUUGCCGAAUAUGAGGGCAAGAGCUUUACCUAUACUUCCUUUCAUGCACAUAAAAAGUACGGAGCCUGUCUAAUUGCUGUAAAGAGAGAAGAAAACAAAAAUAUUUUACUUAAUCCUGGUCCUCAAUAUAUCAUGAGUUCUACAGAUAUCUGUUUUUAUAUUAACAUUACCAAGGAAGAAAACUCAGCAUUUAUUAAGCAAAAUGAACAAUGCAUAAAUAGUAUAUCAAAUACUAUGUAUCACGGAGCUUCCAGAUUACCUGUUCACAGCAUCAUUGCCAGUAUGGGCACAGUAGCCAUAGACCUCCAGGAUACAAGGUGUCGACCUCCAACAGGUCCAACUUUGACUCUUCCUUCAGAUGCCGAUAAAGAAUGUAGGAGGUCUAGUAUUGCACCAGUUUUAGAAGUAGGAGAUGUUUCAUCUAUUCAAGCCUGUGAGCUUCUAAGUGACCACUCGGAGGAUGAAGCAAAUCCUUCUGAUGAGCAAGCAUCCUCAACAAUUGAGUAUGUUAAAGGAUACCCUCCAAACUCACCCUAUAUUGGAAGUUCUCCAACCUUGUGCCAUCUCCUGCGGGAAAAAGUUACAUUCUGCUGUCUUAGGUUAGAUAAGGGGUGCCACCAUAAUUACUACGAAGAUGCAAAAGCAUAUGGAUUCAGGAACAAACUUAUCAUCGUUUCUGCAGAAACUGCAGGAAAUGGAUUGUAUAAUUUCAUUGUUCCUCUUAGAGCUUACUACAGACCAAAGAAAGAGUUAAAUCCUAUAAUACUCCUUCUGGAUAACCCGCCAGAUGUACAUUUUCUGGAAGCAAUCUGCUGGUUUCCAAUGGUUUACUACAUGGUUGGCUCUAUUGACAACCUAGAUGAUCUGCUGAGGUGCGGAGUGACAUUUGCUGCCAAUAUGGUUGUAGUAGACAAAGAGAGUACAAUGAGUGCCGAGGAAGAUUACAUGGCAGAUGCCAAAACUAUAGUAAAUGUGCAAACACUCUUUAGAUUGUUCUCCAGUCUCAGUAUUAUCACAGAAUUGACACAUCCAGCCAAUAUGAGAUUCAUGCAGUUCAGGGCCAAGGAUUGCUAUUCACUAGCUUUGUCUAAACUUGAGAAGAAGGAACGUGAGAAAGGUUCCAAUUUGGCGUUCAUGUUUCGUCAACCAUUUGCUGCUGGACGUGUCUUCAGCAUCAGCAUGUUGGAUACACUUCUGUACCAGUCAUUUGUGAAGGACUACAUGAUUUCUAUCACAAGGUUGCUUCUAGGACUGGAUACCACACCAGGUUCUGGGUUUCUCUGUGCUAUGAAAAUCACAGAAGAUGAUCUGUGGAUCAGGACGUAUGGCCGGCUUUACCAGAAGCUUUGCUCCUCGUCAGGAGACAUUCCCAUUGGUAUUUAUCGAACAGAAUCACAAAAGCUCACAACAUCAGAGUCGCAAGUAUCCAUCAGCAUCGAGGACUGGGAAGAUACAAAAGAUACCAAAGAGCACAUGGGUUAUCGCACUAACCACUAUCACCGGAACUCCACAUCCAGUGACCAAUCAGAUCAUCCUUUACUAAGGCGUAAAAGCAUGCAGUGGGCAAGGCGGCUGAGUAGGAAAGCACCAAAACACUCCAACAAAAUAACAGACAGGAUUAAUCGCCAGCGCAUGACAUUAUGCAAAAGGUCAGAGAGACAAGAGCUGGCUGAACUAGUAAAGACUCGAAUGAAGCAUUUAGGCCUUUCAAUGACAGAUUAUGAUGAAAUGAAUGAUCACCAGAACACUCUGUCAUAUAUUCUCAUCAAUCCCUCACCGGAUACAAGACUGGAACUAAAUGAUGUAGUCUACCUGAUCCGGCCUGAUCCUUUGGCUUAUGUCCCAAACAGUAAACCCAAUCUCAAGAUCAGCACUUGUGAAAAUAACGAAGGUGGACGGGAUACAAAGGAAAACACCCAGCUUUAGUUAACGGUAGUUUCAAGUAUUCAGGCUUGGAUUCGUCAGAAACGGCUGGGAGUGAAAAUGAAACAAUUUCACUACUUCAACAAAUCAGGAACUACAAAGAA